AUGGUCAAGGAGGUGCUGGCCAAGGAGGUGGGGGCGCUCAAGCAGCAGCGCGACCCUCCUGGUGCUGGCCCGCCGCAGCCGCCACCUGCCGAGUCGGGCGACGACCCGCUCCUGGACCAGAUCGAGGCCUUGGAGAGCACGGUCGCGGGGCUCAAGCGGGCCAAGCUCUCGGGGCAGCUCCUGGUGGAUGCGGAGGCGCAGUUGGCUUCGCUGCGAGCGCAGCGCCUGGAGGCCAAGACGCCGCAGAACCAUGUCAUCGUCCUCAACGGGAAGCUCACGCGCCUGCGGGGCAAGCUCGAGCGCCUCGAGAAGGCCAAGAGCGCCAAGCAGCAGGCGGUCGACGACGCGCGCGCUGCGCUGGAUCAGUGCCUCGCCGACCAGGUUGCCCACGAGAAGGACACGCAAAACACCAGGGGGGCGAUCGAGACCGCGGAGCGCGAGGUACAGGCCGCUGUGCUCAAAGUCGCCCGUGGCGCUGGUCCCGCACACGGCGGAGCGGGCGCGGGACUCUCUCAAGCAUUUUGUUCCCAGCUGGACGCCGCGGAGCAGCGGCGCCUCGUCGAAGAGCUGCUGGCGCCCGACCCGCUCGGCCAACAGGUUGGAGCAGGGGCCGGCAAGAUUCUGGUCACGCUUUUGGGCAGAGCCAUGGCCAAAGCUGCUCCACCUGCUGCUGCUCAUGUGCCUCCCGCUGGAGGUGAUGGGGCAGCCUCCGCAGAGGACGAGCCCAUGCCCGAGGCCUUCGACCAGACCACGGCAGACAGUAUCAUCACUGCUGCUGCCCAGCAGCCCGAUGCCAAGCGCGCCCUUGCAGCAGCCAUGCGGGGGCUCAACAUGGCUGUGAUCAAGGAGACCAUGCGCAGCGGGGGGGUCGGCAUCAUCGCUAAACGACACCUGGACUUAUGGUGGGGCCCGCUGGAGUGUUCCGCGGUGGAUGGGCGCAUCUCGGUCGCUUUCGCGCGGCUGCCGCCGCUGGGCGCGCUCGCUCUGUACAGCGUGCACCUCGAGACCGGCGUGGGGCUGAGCGGCAACCUCGCCGCGCUGCGGACCCUCGAGCACCGCGCCAAGGGCCACCACCUCCCGUGGAUUGCGGGCGGCGACUGGAACCUCGACCCCGAGGCCACCUGCCACGGGGGGCAGGGCACCCAUCACGUGCGGGACUUCUUCGUCUCGGGUGGGCGGGUUGGCUUCGCCUGCCGGGGCCCGCGGGUCCAUCCCGAGCAUUUGGUCCCGACCCACGACUUCGUCGAGCUGGCGAUCCAGGGCGCGGGCGACUGGCCGACCGCGCGCGUGGCCAAGCAGCCGCCGCCGCUGCCCGCGUCUCGACCUGUGGGGCCGCGCGUGCAGCCACCUGAUUGGGAGGGUGCCAACGCCGCUGUGCGGGAGGCACUCGCGGAGGCCAGCCGCGGGGGCCUCAGCGUCCGCGCGCGGCAGGAGCCGGUUAACCAGGCCCAUGCGUCCUGGCCGCGGACGGCGCGCCAGGAUUUCGGCGGCAUCGUCGACGCCAGUGCAGCCCAGCUGAGCCACUGGGGAGGGCAGCUCGCCUUCGAAGAGCAGCCGCUGUGCAAGGUGCUGGCUACGCCCAAGAAUCCGAGAUCCAGGGCCAGUUCGGGGAUGCGCUGGCUGGCUGGCCAGCUGGGGCAGGCCGCUGAGCUUCUCGGCGACGUGCUCUGCGGGGGCCGUGCCCAGCUCGGGCCCUUGCGCGAGGCCCUCCGCCGCCUGGGGGGCGCGCUGGAGCCAGGCGGGCGGUUCCACCACCAUUGCCACCGCCAGCCGGAUUGGCCAGAGUGGGAGGCGUUGCUGCGUCACUUCUGCAUGGUCGUCCGUGGCGAGAUGUCUGGGUGGCUCAGCUCUACACCGGGGCCGCCCGGGGCGCUGGGGCCGCCGCUGUGGCCGCCCGUCGGCUUCCCUGCGUGGGCGAUUUCGCCCAUGCAGCCACCGCUGGAGCCGCCGCCGAGGCCGCCCGGGGGCCGCCCUGCACGGGCGAUUUCGUCCACGCAGCCGCCACCGAGGCCGCCCGCGGCGCUGGGCCCGCCCGACGGCAUCCCUGCGAGGGCGAUUUCGUCCAUGCAGCCGCCGCUGGGGCCGCCGCCGAGGCCGCCCGGGGCGCUGGGGCCGCCGCUGUGGCCGCCCGUCGGCCUCCCCGCGCAG